AACGUCACGUAAAAGUCACAUCCUGAUUGGCGACGACGUUGUCAUGGUGAUUAUCAUCCGCCAUUUUGGAGCUUAGAAUCUUACACAAUCAAGUUGCAGCGAGCGAUUCUCUGGUUAACUAUUUAUUGGAAUUCAACAGUUCUUUGGGGUCUCUGCCACCCCCUUUAGUCUUCAGUGUGGUUCAAGAUGUCGGGACAGACUUUGAAUGAUCGUUUGACUGCUGCUAGACACACGUUAGCCGGUCAAGGUUUGGCUAGAGUCGUUUGUAAAGCGACAACCGAAGAAGCCAUCGGUCCAAAGAAGAAGCAUUUAGAUUAUUUACUUCACUGUACAAAUGAACCAAAUGUAUCUAUACCUCAACUGGCCAAUUUAUUGAUAGAGCGAACACAGCAUUCAAGUUGGGUUGUAGUAUUUAAAGCUUUAGUUACUGUACAUCAUUUAAUGUGCUAUGGAAAUGAGAGGUUUACUCAGUAUUUGGCCUCAAGUAAUUGUACUUUUCAACUCAGCAAUUUUCUGGACAAAAGUGGUGUACAAGGUUAUGAUAUGUCAACUUACAUAAGACGCUAUGCAAAAUACUUGAAUGAAAAAGCAGUAACUUACAGAACAGUUGCUUUUGAUUUUUGUAAAGUGAAGAGAGGGAAAGAAGAUGGAAUAUUAAGAACAAUGAACACUGAUAAACUUUUGAAAACCCUUCCCAUACUACAACUUCAGUUGGAUGCUCUCCUAGAAUUUGAUUGUACUUCAAAUGAUUUAUCAAAUGGCGUUAUUAGUUGCUGCUUCAUGCUUUUAUUCAGGGAUCUUAUCAGAUUAUUUGCUUGUUAUAAUGAUGGAAUUAUUAAUCUUCUAGAGAAAUAUUUUGAUAUGAAUAAGAAAAAUUGUCGAGAAGCACUUGAUAUAUAUAAAAAGUUUUUAAUUAGAAUGGAUAGGGUUGCGGAAUUAUUAAAAGUGGCAGAGAAUGUUGGAAUUGAUAAAGGUGAUAUUCCAGACUUGACAAAGGCACCUAGCAGUCUUCUCGAUGCGUUGGAGCAACACCUGGCCUCUUUAGAAGGAAAGAAAGGUGCUGUCAAUGCAUCUACAGCAGCUGCUAGGGCUACCAAUUUGAAAAAUGCAGUGUCAGCACUGACUUCCACAAGUAGUUCUUUCAGCAGUGCCAGUGGCAAUGGUCCUACAUCAGAAAUGAAUGGUGGUAAAGUUGAUGAAAGUCUUCGUCGUGCUGUUGAAGAGGAAGCGGCUGUCAUGAACCAGUUAAAGUCUGAUCGUGAAUCUCCUCUACUAUGGGAGCAGCCAGCUUGGAACGUAGACCCGGAACGUAGAAACAAAGAUGGGAGAUCUAGUCCUGAUGGUACAGGAAGUAUUGUAUCACCUCCAAGUGGUUCUACAAAAACAAAUCCUUUCUUGGCUUCUCCUGCUACUGAACAAGGUAUUCCAACAAGUAAUCAAGGAAUAAUUGACUUGUUUUCUUCUCCUCCUGCAACUUCAACUACUGCUCCAGCUCAGUCAAGCGAAUCAAGUGAUCUGUUAUGCAUGGGAAAUAAUCCAUUUGCAGAUAGUUUAUUUGGUAAUUCAGCCCAACCACCAACUACUCAAACUCCAUUUGUCUCUUUUGGAACUAAUGGAUUUAAUGCUACUACACCCAGUGGUCAAGGAGGUUUUGUCAGUGAUGCUUCAUUUGCUGCUGCUUUUGGUAGUGGAACUCAAGCUACAGCUGGAUCUGGAUUAACUACUACAGUGAUUCCAUCAGCUUCUUCUGAGAAAGGUACAGGCAGUGGUCUCACUCUUCCUGUCUUGGAGCCGUACAUGGGACGCUCAGCUUCUCCCUCUCCUACUGCAGAACUGAUGCAAGGAGCAGGCACCACUCCCAUUCUUGCCCAGCCAUCUGAACCUGGAUUUGGGGAAAUGACAGAAAGCAUAGAAGAAAAUGUUCCUCCAGCAACUUCAACUGGCGGUUUUUCUAACUUUGGAGAUGUCUUACAACCUUUACCUGCUGUUUCUGGUGCCAAAAUUUCUGGAACAUCUGAUGCCAAAACAUCACAUCCAGCUACAAGUAGUUUAAUCAAAGGAGAUUUAGAUUCCAGUUUGGCUAGUUUAGCCCAGAAUUUAGAUAUUAAUGGUCCAACACAAUCACUGAAAAGGUCAACAGGCCAUCAAUGGGGAGCUGUUAGACCUGGACAAGCUAAACCUGUAGUCACUACACCUAAUACAUGGGCUCCUGCAGGCCCACCAACUUCUAAUGUAGGUGGCUGGGGAUCUCCACAACAUACGUUUCAAGCAGUGGGUUCUGCACCAAAUCAGUGGGGUUCUGGUGGGAUGAUGGCUGGCCCAUUCCCACAACAGCCUGCUGCUGCAGGAAUGGGACCUCAACAACAUUUUGGAGCGAUGCCUGGUAUGCGUCCAAUGGCCCCAUCUGGUAUGGGAAAUGUUAAUAUGAUGGGAGGUAUGGGUAUGAAUGUAACUACUCAACAACCAAUGACUCAACAAACUCCUAUGUAUGGUGUACAUCGUCCUGUUGCCCCAAGUAGCACAACUUCAUCUAUAAAUGAUCCUUUUGGAGCUCUGUGAAGAUGAUUUCACAACAUUCCCUUCAGAGGAAUCUAAAGAAUGAAAUUUUUGUGAACCCAUGAACUUUGAUGAACUCUGCCUUUUUCUGAAUAGCAGCAUCAGUAGAAAAAUGUUGAUGAAAAAUCAAAAUCAGUGCCACUUACCAGUCAGCUCAUAGGAGAGUUGUCAUUGUAUUAGACAUUGGAUAGAAAAUUGGACAGAUCUGUGAAAUUUAAUAUAGGACAUCAGAAUAAGUUCAGAAAGUACUGGCACUAGCUUUUGUUGAAUUAUAUUGCUGUGAUCCCAUUUGCACUGCUUACCUUAUUAGCUAGAUAUGCAAAUCUUGUGCUGUAAAAUUGUAAAAUCUGCUGACAGUAUCUUUAGUCAUUUGUUCACUUUAAAAAUGUUGUCAUUCGUGUCCCUUUCUGAGCAAGAUGUCCUUCAUACAGCUGGCAUCCUAAUAACCUUCUAUUCUUGAUUUGAGUGAACUUAAUGUAAUACUAGCUACAUCAGCUGGGAACAGUGAAAUAGUCUCAAUUCCGUUUUGGGUGGAACUUGGGUAUAUUUUUUUCUUUUUGGGGUAUGGAAGAUGAUGAUAAACUGAUUUGAAAAAUCAGGUUAUAGGAGAACUUCAUAUAAACUUCAAUGGAAGUUUCUUGCUAUUCCUGCUUAUAACUAAUGACCAUGUUGUAUUGUGAUUGUGGCUCUGAUCACUAAAAAUUACUCAAUAGUUAAUUUGUAAAAUUUAACAUUACUAUUUUUUUGAAUCAUGUACAAAGCAAUGUGCAUUUAAAUUUUUUUUCAUGCCAUUUAUUUGUUAUAAUAUCCUAAUGAAAUGGCUAGCACAAAUGUUCGUUCUUACAGCAGGAGGCCAAUUAUUCAGUUAUAAAGUAGCUAAAUUACAUUCCAAAAUUGUUAGUUGGCCAUGUUGAGCAUAAAUUCUUGGAUUAACACUGUGUUGUUUAUUAUUUAAGUUAAUCUAAGAGCAAUACAAUCUGUACUAUUUACAAAUUCUGUAUUCUUAUUGCAGUGAUUUACCACUGAUGAUGUAACCAAGCCUUGUCUGAAACGGUGUCACAAGCACUGUGUCCCAGAUCACAAUAAAAGCUGUUCUGUCAGAGUA